AUGGCACUGACAAUAGACGCGACCUUUGAUUCAUCUUUACUUGACAAAAACAGUGCAAGGUUUAAGGAGUUGAAACGGGACAUUGAAAGUGCUAUCAGUUGGGCUUAUAACAACAUACCAGGCUUCCUGUCAGUCACUGUCACAGGCUUCAGGGCAGGAGGUAUCAUUGCAGACCUUGCUAUUCAGACAACAGAAAACACACAGGCUUUUGAUAAUGCAAUCAAUAAAGCCACCUCUCAAGUUGCCAACAACCUCGCAGAACUGGAUUACACAAUGGAUGUCAACUCAUUUGGACAAACUGGCCGUUAUGAGUGUAUUUUCGAAAACAGUUCAGGUCGUCAGAUUCAGUGGGACGAGAUUACCCAAAUCCAGCCAUACCCUAAUAUACAGACAACUUCUAAUAGAAAAUAUGAAUGUAUAGAGAGAAAUGUGGAACUUGAGUGCUGUGUGAAUUCUCGAUAUGAGGUGACUUGGGAAGGUUUAUCUUCAGUACCAGACUUUGCCUGUCAAGAUAGCAAUUUUGGGGUAGGAAAUGAGGGUGACAUAGCUGUGGGAAGCUGUAAGGAGAAUGAAGUUGGUAGCAUAACAGCUGAAUGUCAGUCAGAAAAAUGGGUAAUACUGAAGGACACCUGUGUCCUUCGCAUUUUUCAAGAGCUAGAGACUGAAUCUGAGAAUUUAGGAGUUGAUACUCUCCCUGCAUUUGUGGAGAAAGUCAGCAAUGCUACUACAAGUAAUCAAAAUACUGUGACAACUUCAACUAGGACUGUUACCAGCACUGUUAAAAUUGUGAGCGCCAUAGCAAACAUGUCUCAAAGCAUUCAAGUCAGUGAAGAUAUAAUCGAGAAUGUCCUUGAAACCGUGGAGGUCAUAUCAUCUGAUAAUGCAAAGGAGGUCUGGGAUGGUUUAAAUAAUAACACGGAAAGCCAACGUAACAGCUCCUCACUGCUUCAAGCAUUAGAGACCAUCAUUGAUUCUACCUCACCAGGCUCCUUUACAAUUAAAACAGCAAACAUUGAAUUUGCAAAAACUUCUUUCAAGAAUUCAUUCAGAAAGACAGUAGGAAUUAAUUCAACAGGUGAAAUAUUCAUUCCAGGAACUGCAUUUUCCGACCGGAAUGUUUCCAUCACCACAGUUGCAUUCUCCAAUCUGAACAAUGUUUUACCUCCCAGAGAUGCUCAAAACUCCAGUGUCACUAUCAUCAAUGGGAUUGUUUUGUUGAUUAAUGUAACUGAAACCAUUAAUGACAUGUCCCUAAGUUUUCACAAACUUAAUACCACUCUUGCAACCCCACAGUGUGUCUUUUGGGAUUUUGAUCUUUUCAAUGGCUCUGGAGGCUGGAGCUCAUUUGGUUGUGAGUUAAAGAUGGAAAAUCAUCAUUAUGUCACCUGUGAAUGUGAUCACACAACCUCAACCUUUUCAAUACUGAUGUCUCCUUACAGUCCAAAAGACCCUGCUUUGUCUUAUAUUACCUUUACUGGUGUUGCGGUGUCAAUGGGCAGCUUGGUUUUGUGCCUCAUCAUUGAAAUCCUUUUUUGGAAAGCAGUUUCAAGACAAGUGACAUCAUACAUACGACACGUCUCUAUAGUCAAUAUUGCUGUGUCACUUCUAAUUGUCGACAUCUGGUUCAUCAUCGGAGCGUCCAUUGAAAACCCAGAGGAAAAUGUGUCAGCAUGCAGUGCAGCAGCAUUCUUCAUCCAUUUCUUUUACCUGGCCAUGUUCUUCUGGAUGUUGGUCUCAGCGCUUUUACUUUUCUACCGCACAGUAAUGGUUUUGUCUCAAAUGUCCAAAAGAACUAUGCUGGCUAUUGCCUUUACAUUGGGUUACGUUGUCCCUCUUAUCAUAUCUGUAACCACUGUUGCUGCAACAGCUGGACGUCAAGUAUAUGUAUCCAAGGAGGGAUCAUGCUGGUUGAACUGGGAUGACUCAAAGGCAUUACUGGCUUUUGUGAUUCCAGCCCUAACCAUUGUCUUGAUCAAUUUUCUGAUCAUGAUUGUGGUCUUGUGCAAAAUUGUCUGCCAUAAUAGAGUGGGAGAUUCCACUCAGUCAGAUGAGAGAAACACCAUGGUUGUCAUCGCCAGAUGUGUGGCCAUUUUAACACCACUCUUUGGAAUCACCUGGGGAUUCGGGCUAGGAAUCUUGAUCGAUCCAGAGGCUACUGCACUUCAUUAUCUGUUUGCAAUCUUUAACUCAUUCCAGGGUUUCUUCAUUUUGGUGUUUGGGACCCUUCUGGACCAGAAGAUUCGUGAAGUACUUGAAGGAAGGUUUUGCUUACGAAACAAGAAGAUUGAGCGGAAGGUGUAA